GCCAUUUGGCGGGCGGAGCAGGUAAACCACAGCGAAGCCAGGCAAAAAGAAUUUUCCAGUCAGGUGGCAGCCUGCCUUCAUUCCCAGCUUUAAGCCACCGGGAACGCCGACCUGGCUCCCGGUUCCGGCGAAAAUGCAACGAAAUGGCCAAGCCCGAAAUGCAAUCAAUUCGCUGUUGCUACGCGCACUCGCAUACGUAGACCAGACAGCGACCGUGCUGAGACACCAGCCAUGGAUUGAUUGUGCUUAGUGUGGCGACCUUGCUGGUCCAGUCGCCGUGUCAGAUGACGUCGAUCCCGGAGCGGGCCGCGAAACGCGCGCUCCAUUUCGGCUCAUUUCGACUCGAGCCUCACCGUCGCCCGCAACACGGCCGAGAUAUUUGUCGACGCGCAGAGAGACAGAGAGACGUUGAGCAGCUCCCUGGCCUGCUCCGAGAUCGAGUCACCGCCAACAGCCACGACAGAGCCCCCCCUCGCCUCACCCGCCAUGGCCCUCAAGGACAUUCCUAAGCUUCACCGCAACAACGUCCGGACCUUGCGCCGCCGCCCGCUGGCCGAGGUCUCGGGCGCCCUCGGCGACCUCGGCACCCUGCUGCCGCUGAUGAUCGCCCUGGCCCUGCAGCGGUCCGUCUCGCUGUCCUCCACCCUCGUGCUCUCGGGCUUCUUCAACGUCGCCACCGGCCUCGUCUUUGGCAUCCCCCUGCCCGUCCAGCCCAUGAAGGCCAUCGCGGCCGCCGCAAUCCUCGACGGCGUCAGCCUUGGCACCACCGUCGCCGCCGGCGCCCUCGUCUCGGCCGCCGUUUUGUUCUUGUCCCUCACCGGCCUGCUGCGCCGCCUGACCCGCCACGUGCCCGUGCCCGUCGUCAAGGGCAUCCAGUUCGGCGCGGGGCUCUCCCUCGUCGUCUCGGCCGGCGGGUCCGUCCGCCUGCCCUGGCUGGGCCCGCGCCCGUGGGACAACCGCGUCUGGGCCCUGGCCGCCUUUGCGCUCUUCAUCCUGACGCGCCGCCACCUGCGCCGCGUGCCCUUUGCGCUCGCCGUAUUCGUCGUCGGCGUCGCCUCCGCCACCGUCGCCGUGGUGCUGACCCCCGGCCUCGGCCGCCUCCCCUCCUUUGCCCCCUGGGUCCCAACCCUCGUGCUCCCACACUGGACGGCCCACCCGGCCUGGUCCAUGGCCGCGGGCCAGCUGCCGCUGACGACGCUCAACUCGGUCGUGGCCGCCUCGGCCCUGGCCGCCGACCUGUUCCCGGACCUGCCCACCCCGACCGUCACCGAGCUUGGUGUCAGCGUCGCCGCCAUGAACCUGGCCGGCUGCUGGGCCGGCGCCAUGCCCGUGUGCCACGGCGCCGGCGGGCUGGCCGCCCAGCACGCCUUUGGCGCCCGCUCGGGCGCCAGCGUCGUCCUACUGGGCCUAUUCAAGAUGGCCCUCGGCCUCGUCUUUGGCGAGUCCCUGCUCGACCUGCUGGCCGCCUUCCCGCGCGCCCUGCUCGGCGUCAUGGUGCUCGCCACCGGCCUCGAGCUCGCCGGCGUCGGCCGCAGCCUCAACCACGGCGCCUCGGACCUGUGGGAGGACGCCGUGGCCGCCGGCGCCGGUUCUGGUGGGCGGUCGUCCGGUGGUGUCGAGGCAGUGGUGGUGGCUGCCGCCGCCGCGGGCCGCCGCCGCCUGGCGACGAGGCGCCACCGGGACUUGUCCGAGGCCGAGAGGGAGGAGCGCUGGGCGGUUAUGCUCAUCACCGCCGCGGGCAUCCUGGCCUUCCGCAAUGAUGCUGUUGGCUUUGCUGCCGGCAUGCUGACCCACUGGUCGUACCGCCUCGGCGACCGCUGGGGUAGGCGGCUGGCGGGGGAGAGGGAGCCGCUGAUCGCACGGGGGUGAGGUGGGUGUUUGCAUGCGAUGGCGUGAUUCAUGGUUUAUUGGGAUUUGUGGUGUUAUACUAGUAUGCAUUGAUGGGUUUAGUGUCCCUUCUCUACCGCAACCUCAUUGCUGGCGUUUUCGUUUCGAGAUAUGGACUUGCUCCUUCAUUUUCUUGAUAUAUCUUAUCUAUGACGCAUAAUAGAGAAAUGAGGCUUUUUGCCCAUGGCCA